AUCCCACAAAUAAACCCUAUAAAUUGAAUUUUUAUUUUUAUAUGUCUUAUAAUUUCUAUACUUACGCUAUCCCUAACCUUAUUCUACACCCCUUUUAAACAAAAAAUUUCAAACUCCACAAAUAGAACUCUUAUAAAUCCAAAUUUUAAAUUAAAAUGAUAA